AUGGACGAACAGGUGUUCAAAGGGGACCCAGACACCCCUCAUUCCAUCUCCUUCUCCGGGAGCGGGUUCCUUUCCUACUACCAGGCUGGGGCAGUGGAUGCUCUGCGAGAUCUGGCCCCGAGGAUGCUGGACACGGCCCAUCGCUUUGCAGGGACCUCAGCUGGGGCAGUGAUUGCGGCCUUGGUCAUCUGCGGGAUUGAGAUGGAGGAGUACCUCAGAGUGCUAAAUAUGGGCCUGGCCGAGGUGAAGAAGUUCUUCCUGGGACCUCUGUCUCCAUCCUGCAAGAUGGUCCAGAUGAUGCGACAGUUUUUAUACGACGUGCUCCCGGAGGACUCCUACAAGUUCGCCACCGGGAAGCUGCACGUGAGCCUUACCCGAGUCACGGACGGCGAGAACGUCGUGGUUUCCGAGUAUCGCUCCAAGGAAGAGCUCAUCGAGGCCCUGUAUUGCAGCUGCUUUGUUCCUGUCUACUGUGGCUUCAUCCCCCCAACUUACCGUGGCGAGAGAUACAUCGACGGUGGCUUCACAAGCAUGCAGCCCUGUGCCUUCUGGACAGACUCUGUCACCAUCUCUACCUUCAGCAGUCAGCAGGACAUCUGUCCGAGGGACUGCCCCGCCAUCUUCCACGACUUUCGAAUGUUCAACUUCUCCUUCCAGUUCUCCUUGGAGAAUAUCACCCGCAUGACGCAUGCGCUGUUCCCCCCGGAUCUGGUGAUCCUGCAGGAAUACUACUAUCGAGGAUACGAUGACGCUGUCUCAUACCUGCGGAGGCUGAACGCCGCGUACCUGGACUCUCCCAGCAAGAGAGUGAUUUUCCCGAGGGUCGAAGUAUACUGCCAGAUAGAGGUCGCCCUUGGCCAUGAGCCCCUACCUCCGAGUCUGCAGAGCCUUGAGGCACAAAGGGGAAGUCCUGAAGACUCCCCACAAACCCAUGUACAGGGGGCUCUCAAAGAGGACAGAAAGGACAGCCAUUCCCCAGCAGCCCCAUUGGUGCAGACACCUGAAUCUGGGUGCAAGGGAUUUGUGGGGUCACUCGUGUCACCAUCGGUCUCUUCAGCCAAGCAGCCGUCUGUACCGCCAUUGUCUCCAGCCCAGCCAGGCCCAGUAAUGAGACCCACUUGCCCCAGUGACAAUUGCCCAAUAAAUGUUCAAACUCCAAACCUGGAGCAAGGGGUGAAGGAUGACCAUCACCUGGACCGGGCCACCGACGACCAAAGCACAAACAGCUUCCUACCUGUGUUGCUCCCAGCUGCAGACUCGCACGGCUCAAAGGCUGCAUCUUCUGUGCCUGUUGGGUCACCUGAGUCCCCUGGACUGCUGCCCAGACCUUCCCAGGGAGCCAUAGCACCCAGGGUAACACCUGGACUUUCGACCCUAAGUCCUUCACCACCACCAGCCCAGCCACUUGUGGAGGACCUGGGCCCAGAACGACCCACAGCUACAGGGUCUCCUGCCUCAGCACCGCUGACAGGCUCGGCAGUACCGGGUACCAGGAAGGAAGCCCCCAACAAGCCUCUACUGGUGGAGAGUCCUGCUGUGGAUUCAAACACAGCAAAAAAGAUGUUCAAGAGGAAACAGAAGACAAAUGCCACCAGAGAGUGCUUCCAGAGAAACCCUCGGUCCAAGAAGCCAGCUAGCAAACUGCAGUCUGCACCUUGUCAACUAGACUUUCCUGUAUUCCCCAAGACAGUUUGGGUCACCUACAAACCUCAUCCCAGCCGGAUCCAAGAAUACAGCUGCCCCGAGGGAGUAGGUGGACAGAACUCCUAAACUGGAGCAGGAGAGAUUCCAGUGACCU